AUGGUCUUCCACUCUGCCAACGCUAAGAAAGUGACUAAAGUCAUCAAGGGUAACAAAUGCCCCACAUGCAGCGCGAACGUGUCUCGCGCUGCUGAUCUUUCGCGCCAUAUGUUGAUACAUUCGCCUCACCGUCGUGAGAUGAUGCACCAGUGUCCCUGGAAGGGCUGCGAAUACGCGACGCUCCAGAAGGCGAACCUCAAUACACACAUUAACGCCAAACACACGCAUGACAAGAGAUUCCCUUGCCAAGUCUGUCAUAAGACGUUCAAUGAUCCGUCUGCGGUCAUUCGCCACCGCAAGCGCAUCCACAAGAUGAAUGCCCGCGAAUUCCGCCGGUACUGCGAGCUCAAGGACAGCGACUCGGGCUACGAGUCUAAUUCGUCGUCCCCCACCCCUGAAGUCAAGUUGGACACCUCUGAGCUCCUCGCGUUCGACGUGCCUUCUGCGUCCCAGAGCAGCCCCAUCGAUAUCUGCUUUGACGCUUUCGAAUCUAGCUCUGCACUGGCUGAAGUCGAGACCAAACCCUCUGUCGCACCUGAGACCUACACCCCCGCCCCAAUAGCUGCCAUCGACCCGACUAGCCUCGCGAUGUUCGAUGCCUUGUGGUCUCAGGAUGGUCAACCCACCUCAGCCACAUAUGACUACAACACCUACGUUCACACUCCCCUGACCCCUCGGAGAGCGAUUCUCCCCAUGCCUGAGGGUUACCAGCAGCCGUCGUCCGGUUCAACGAGCUGCGUCUACGACAACAGCAACUACACCGACUUCCAAUACUCCGCUUCCACCUUCCCCAUUCAGGCUCAGAGCCCAUCUUAUGGGUAUCAGAACAACGCGUUCGACUACUCCGCCCAGUCAUACGACUUCGCUCAGCCCCAGCAAUCACAACAGCCGCAGUUCGACCUCAGCUUCGACAUCCCCUCGUCUGUAUCGACAGCGAUGCCUGAAGGCGACUUCCACUUCGACUCGCAGGAGCUUGAGUACUACCUCGCCCUCGAGUAUGUUCGCCUCCAGCAGCAGCAGCAGCCGGAACAGUGGCCUGCCUACUAA